AGAUGACAUCAGUGUUACGGAGGGAGGACUGAGGGGGAGCCGGCUAACGCCAUUUUCACGCUCCGAGCAGUCACUCACCGUCUCGCGGAGCUGUCAUCUGCAGCACCGCUUCAUUUGUUCAGUCCGUCACGUGACGCCUCGGUCUGGGCAGUGACGCGGAGCUGCUGUUGGUAUGGAGCAGGACAGGAUAUUCACCUGAGCGGCUGCGGUUGGACUCAAUGUUUUGACGUAAGGCUGCUAAGUGCUAGCAUGUAGCUAACCGGACCGUAGCAUUUGAUGCAGUGAGGUCCAGCUAACCAAAAGACACCCAACCACUGGACGAGCCACUAGUUGGAAUUUCUGUUUCUUCCUUCUUCAUAUUCUUCACAACCAUAAGCUGUUGGUGACGGAUAAAGGGGACAUUGGAACGACUCAGUGGAACUCCACUGGCAACGAAUGUCCCACAGAACGGAUGCGUGAGGACAUGUCCACCAUGGUGUGCGUGAAAGAGGAGGAGGAUCCGGGGGAGAAACUGUCUCAGGAUGAGAUCAUCUCCCGGACCAAGCAGGUGAUGCAGGGCCUGGAAGCCCUGAAGCAGGAGCACCAUUCCAUCCUGGAGGGCCUGCUGGGCACGCUGCGCUGCCUGAAGCAGGACGAAGAGGGAGUCCUGGUGGAGGAGAAGUCGCACAUGAUCCGGAAGUCCCUGGAAAUGCUGGAGCUCGGUCUGAGCGAAGCUCAGGUGAUGAUGGCGCUGUCCAGCCACCUGAGCUCCGUUGAGUCAGAGAAGCAAAAGCUGCGGGCGCAGGUACGCAGGCUGUGCCAGGAGAACCAGUGGCUGAGGGACGAGCUGGCGGGAACGCAGCAGAAACUGCAGAAGAGCGAGCAGAGCGUAGCGCAGCUGGAGGAGGAGAAGAAGCACUUGGAGUUCAUGAACCAGCUGAAAAAGUAUGACGAGGACCUGUCCCCCUCGGAAGAGAAGGAGUGUGACUCCAGUAAAGAGACCUUGGAUGACCUCUUCCCAGAUGACCAGGAUGACCAAGCUCCAGGCAUGCAGCCAGCUCACGGUAGCGCAGCGGCUGCAGCUGCCCAGCAGGGCGGCUAUGAGAUCCCAGCCCGCCUCAGGACCCUCCACAACCUGGUGAUCCAGUACGCGUCCCAGGGGAGGUACGAGGUGGCCGUGCCGCUCUGCAAGCAGGCGCUGGAAGACCUGGAGAAGACCUCUGGACACGACCACCCAGACGUAGCCACCAUGCUCAACAUCCUGGCGCUUGUUUAUAGGGAUCAGAACAAAUACAAGGAAGCAGCCAACCUGCUAAACGAUGCUCUGGCCAUCAGAGAGAAGACUCUUGGCAGAGACCAUCCAGCUGUGGCGGCUACCCUCAAUAACCUGGCUGUCUUGUAUGGGAAGAGAGGGAAGUACAAGGAGGCAGAACCUCUCUGCAAGAGGGCGCUGGAGAUCAGAGAAAAGGUGUUGGGCAAGGACCACCCAGACGUGGCCAAGCAGCUGAACAACCUCGCCCUGCUGUGCCAGAACCAGGGCAAGUAUGAGGAGGUGGAGUAUUACUACAUGAGAGCUCUGGAGAUCUAUCAGACCAAACUGGGACCAGAUGACCCCAACGUGGCCAAAACCAAGAACAACCUGGCUUCCUGUUACCUAAAGCAGGGCAAAUUCAAGCAGGCUGAGACUCUGUAUAAAGAAAUCCUCACCCGCGCGCAUGAGAGGGAGUUUGGCUCUGUUGAUGAUGAGAACAAACCAAUCUGGAUGCAUGCUGAAGAGAGAGAGGAGCAAAGCAAGGGGAAACUGAAGGACAGUUCACAAUUUGGAGAAUAUGGAGGCUGGUACAAAGCAUGUAAAGUUGACAGCCCCACGGUGACCACAACCCUGAAGAACCUGGGGGCUCUUUACAGGCGGCAGGGCAAGUUUGAGGCAGCCGAGACUCUGGAGGAGGCAGCAAUGCGCUCCAGAAAGCAGGGUCUGGACAACGUGCACAAGCAACGCGUUGCCGAGGUUCUCAGUGAACCAGAGGCCGGCGACAAACAACGCAGCCGAGAGAGUCUGACUUCAGACACGGUGAAGUACGAGAGCGGGCCGGACGGUGGCGAGGAAGUGAGUAUGAGCGUGGAGUGGAACGGGCCUUAACUCCAGAUGCCUUGUAAUGGUUCUAAAAACUUGUCUUCUGCAUGAUGGAUGCCUGGCCUCACCUCGCCUCCGCCCCUCCAGCUUUGCGGUUUUCUUCAAUUUCCGGCUCCAACCCCCUCCAACCCCUCUCUCUUUUUUUUUUUUUUUUUUCCUGGAGGGAUUCUUCACACCACUCUGAUACCACUCUGACGCCCCUCUAACCCCACUGAACCGUUCAUCUGCUGUGGGUGGUGGGCGACCGCUGUGACAGUAUGUCCAUAAACAUAGCUGUUCUGCCCAGGAAUUCUCUUCAUUUUGGCCUGAACUCCAAAACAAUGAGCUUAUUGUUCAGUUACUGUUCCUCGCAAAAGUUUUCAUAUUUCUGCAACUUUUUCUCCUUUUGUCAGGAUACAAUCAUAAAAUUCAGUGUUGUGAUCUUUGGAGGAUUGCAGGAGAGAGACUAACACAAAGUAGUGCAUAAUUGUGAAAUAGAAUGAAAAGAUAAAGUUUUCAAAACCUUUUACAAAUUAAAAUCUGAAAAGGGUGGCAAUUUUUUUUUUUGAUUCAGCACCCUUUACUUUGAUAUACACUAAAAAAUAUGUAUCAUAGCAACCAGCUGCCUUCAGAAGUCACCUGAUUAGUUGGUACAUCUGCUGCACAACAUCCACAGUGAAUCAUGGUGGUGGCAGCAUUAUUCUGGGUAGACGGAAAAGAAAUGGCUGGUCAAAGUAAAUGGACAAUGACUUGUAAACAUGUGACCAAAGAUCUACAUUCAGAUGUAGGACUGCAGCUAACAAUUAUUUUAGUAAUUGAGUAUUUUAUCAGGUAUUCGGAUAAAGAAAUUGGCACAUUAUUCAGAUUUUUCAUUUAAGACCUUUUAGGCCUAUUUUAUACUAGAAAUAUGUUAAAAAAAAAGGCAAAUAAACAAUUCAAUUCUCUUCUCAAAAUAAGAAAAUAAAAAUUUUAUUGCCUAAAAUUUAAUAACACCAUUCCUUUAGUGAGCACUUGAUCAUAUGUAGCAAAUUUACUAUUUAUUUGACUUAUUUUACUAAUUGACUAUUUAUUUUGCGGAGUUGGUAAGAAAAGCUGUUCUGAUAAUGACUGAAGAGAGCGGGAUACAAAAAAUACAUGGAAGCUACUUUGUGUUGGUUUAUUGCUUUAAAACUCUAAAAAUAAGAAAAAGGUUUGUGAUUGUAACUUGAACAAGUUAUAAGGGGGAAUGAAUUCUUUUGCAUCACAUUUAAAUACGAAUUGCUAACGUUGUUAGCUGUUUAGAGCUCCACAGAGCUGUCGGAUGGUUGUUCUAAUUCUUACAGGUUGUUUCUUACGACACCUGUGUAAGUAUAUGCAGUUUUAUGGAAACAUGGAUCUCAUUUAUCAGAAAUUAGUUUGGACAAAAACCUUAAAAGAAAUGCUGGUUUUUGUUCAAAAAGCAGGUUUUCGACUAUAUCAAAAAUAAUCAGGAUCAAGCAUUGGAUCUGCUCCUCUGUCAUUAGUCGUGUUUGUAAAAACGGAGCCGACCUGAAGGCUUCACGUCCUAAUGAAACAAAACUGUACCAAAGUGGCAAGGACGAAGAGAAAUAACACAGAUGAGAAAAGAAACAUUAUGGCUGAUGUUGAUUUUCCUUUGGGUCAGAAUGAAAGGGAAACAUUUGGAUGUUCAAAGAUAUCAGCUCCUAUUAAAAUCCACUACAGUAAUCUUAAUGUCUUAUAAAAACAUAGCCUGUAGAUGGCAUUAUGAUAUGACCAGAUAUCCCAGUCAGAGAACACACAGUAGAUGUUAUUCAAACUUUGUCAAAUCCAUUUAAAGCAUGUCACCAGGUUAUGAUAUCCUGCGGUUCUAAUGAACUGUAUUAUCCAUUUUCUGUUGACAGAAAUAACCCAAGUAGUGACUAAACACAUUGUAAAUAACAGCAUCAGCAUGAUCAGGAGCAGCGUAGCUUGUAGUUCUGCACAUCUAGGUCUCACUUCCUGCCACAGUAGCCAAUAGUUUGUCACUUUGUGCUCGUCUGUUUACUGGGAGGUCAGGGGUCAAUAGAGCAUCUGAAUGGCAGCUGGUUUUCAUGCAGGAGGAAUUAAAAUGCGGAUUUAAGAAAAGCUGCAAGUUUUUUAUUAUCAUUAUUUAUUUAACUUAAAACUGUAUUCAGAUAAAUUCAACUGAACAAAAGAGUUUCAUCUUUACCGUCUGUGUAUCUAUCUUAGGGUUGGUAGUGAGAAAGUGAUGGCAUUUGGUGUAAACAAGCAUUUAUUGUUGCAUUUCCUGAAACUUUGGGGUUUAACUAGCCUUUUCCUCAGCCUGUCCUCGACUUCUGCUACUAAUAUUCUGUGUCCUCUGUCUCGUUUGUGCAUCUCCCAGUUUCUUUAACUGCUAAUAAAACUUAAUCUCUCUGCUUUACCUGAA